AUGGAGCGACCAACCAGCGAACGCUCCCUCCUCGAACCCUACGCGCGUUUCCGAGGAGAACCUCUCAUUGCCCUGCAAGAGCUCGGUCUCCAUUUCGUCGGCGAAGGAUGGCGCAGCUACGACGAUGUCGUGGGCCGUGAGAUCUUCUACUCGGGCUUCAGCGAGAACAUGCGCAACAUGGUGAUGCGGCAAGAGACGCUGAAGAGGCAGAUAACACUGCUAGCGAACAAGCGCGUGGAAGUGGAGUUGCUGGAAGGCAGACUCGGUCCGUUGGGCGUGGAUGGCGAGGAUGCCGCGCACAAGCUCAAGAGAGAGACGCGCCGCGCGGAACUGGAGACACAGCUUCGCCAGGUCGCGGAGGACUGGACGGACAAGAUGAUUUGCAAGAUGGAGAGCCGCUACUUCAUCCGCGGCGCGUAUUACUUCGCCACGCAGCUUCUCACCCGCGCCUAUCACCAGGGCAUCCACAUUAGCACCGAGGAGGUGCUGCAUCUUCGCAAGGUGGCGGAGGAGGCCGCGGAGAGGAAGCAGUCGAUUAUCUUCCUGCCGUGUCACCGCUCGCAUGUCGAUUACGUCUCGCUUCAGCUUGUCUGUUACCGCCUCGGCCUGGCUCUACCUACCGUCGUCGCAGGCGACAAUCUCAACUUUCCCCUCGUCGGCUCCUUCCUCCAACACGCCGGCGCCAUGUGGAUUCGCCGCUCCUUCGGUGACGACCAUCUCUACCCAACUCUCGUGCAGGCCUACAUGGACACGCUGCUCCAAAACGGCCACAACGUCGAAUGCUUCGUCGAAGGCGGCCGCUCACGCACGGGCAAGCUCCUGCAGCCGAAAUUCGGCAUUCUGCGCUUCUUCCUCGAAAGCGUGCUCUCCGGCCGCGUGGAAGACGCCAUGAUCUGCCCCGUCAGCACGCAGUACGAUAAAGUCAUCGAAGUCGACUCGUACGUCAGCGAGCUGCUGGGCCAGCCGAAGCAGCGCGAGGAUCUGAGGUCGUUUGUGUCGGCGUCGAAUGUGCUUUCGCUCAAGCUCGGGCGGGUGGAUGUGCGCUUCUUCAAGCCUUGGAGUCUGCGUGCGUUUAUCGAUGAGCGGAUGACAAGGUUGGAAAGGCAGCCGGCUGCGCCGGGGGCGUUGCCGGGGGAGACGCUGCGGCGUCGUUUGCUUCAGACGUUGGGGUAUGAGGUUCUGUCGAACAUUAAUGAAGUGUCUGUCGUCAUGCCCACGGCAUUGGUCGGCACAGUCCUCCUGACGCUACGAGGGAGAGGGGUAGGCAAGUCCGAACUGGUGCGUAGGGUGGAGUGGCUGUGCGAUCGGGUGCGCGCUCGAGGCGGCCGCGUCGCUCACUUUGCCGGCAACUCCACGGAACUGGUCGUCGAUCGGGCGGUCGAAGUCCUCGGUCCAAAGAUUGUGGGCCGAGUGGGCGGAUUGGCUCAAGACACCUUCUACGCCGAAGACCGCUUCCUGCUCUCCUUCUACCGCAACCAGAUGAUUCAUCUCUUCAUCUCACAGGCUCUGGUGUGCGCCGCGGUGUACACGAAGGUGAAGAACGGCGGCACGUUGGACGAACAGCGCAUAACCUACCAGGAGCUCGAGGACUACGUCUUCUUCCUCUCCCAGCUCUUCCGAGCAGAGUUCAUCUUUCCCACCACACCCCUGGAAGAAAACCUACGCUCCACCGUCCAAGGCCUAGAACAAGACGGCGUCCUCCAAGUCAUCCGCAACAACACAGACGAUGCCCAGCGCAUCACGCACGUCGAACUCCACCCCCACGAACGCACGCACGGCCACGAGAAUUUUGACUUUUACAACUUCCUCCUCUGGCCCUUUACCGAAGCCGCAUGGCUAGGCGCAGUGAGCCUCUUCAUGCUCGUCCCGCCUCCCCAGCACCACCAGCAUCCAUCAGGCACCCCCGCAGCAGAAAGCCAAUGGCUCAACCAGCAAAGCGUGCAAGACAAAGCCCAGCUCCUAGGCAAAACCCUCUUCCACCAAGGCGAUCUGGCAUACUACGAAGCAGUGAACAAAGAAGCGCUGAAAAACACCUUCACGCGCUCCGAGGAAGCGGGCAUCAUCGUCGUCAAUCGAUCCGGCGAUUCUUCCACCAAAUCCAACAGCCCCGCUCGCGUCCGGCUGGAUGACGAGUGGAUGCCUAGCAGGGAUGCGAACGGGGCUUUGCGCCCGGAGGGUAAAUUGUGGGAGUUGUGCGAGCGGAUUGGACUCAGUCGGCGGGGAGGGCUGGAUUGGAGGGAUGGGGACGCGGUGAGGGGGAGGAUUUUGGGGCUGGUGGAUGGGCUUGGGGCGGGGUUGUGGGAGGGGGGUGCGCUGUUGAGUGCUGAUGGGAGGCCGUCGGUUAGUAGGAGGCGGAGGGGGAUUCAGACUCUGUCGCACUUGUGA